AUCCCCUUAAAUCCUUAAUUACACCGCAAAUUCCCUAAUCCUUAAUCCUCUCCUUUUAUUCUUCCCUAUUAAAAUUAAUUAAAUAAAAUAAAUAAAUAAAAAGAUCAAACCACGAAAUUUCCAUAUAAAUAUCCACAAAACCCUUUUCCAAUCCUUUUGAUUACUCUUUUUGAUUGCGACGUCCCACAUAGAGUUCUUCAUUCAAAAGCUGUUCCAAUCGCAAAUUCUUCCCUUUUCUUGUUCUGGAUAUCAAUUCGACACCUUUGAGUGCUAAUAUGGCUAAAAACUCGUUCAAAUUCGAGCACCCUCUUGAAAAGAGACAAGCAGAAUCUUCUCGUAUCAGGGAGAAAUAUCCUGAUAGAAUUCCUGUGAUUGUGGAGAGGGCUGAAAAGACUGAUAUUCCCGACAUUGAUAAGAAAAAGUACCUCGUCCCAGCUGAUUUGACCGUUGGUCAGUUUGUGUAUGUGGUGAGGAAGAGAGUGAAUCUGAGUGCCGAGAAAGCCAUCUUCGUAUUUGUCAAAAACAUUUUACCUCCCACUGCCGCUUUACUGUCAACAAUUUACGAGGACAAUAAGGAUGAAGAUGGGUUUCUUUACAUGACUUACAGCGGCGAGAAUGUGUUCGGAUUGAGGUGCACUACUUACUGAUGCGUGCGUAAAUAAGCAUGGACUCAUUCAUGGUUGACAUAAACUAGAAAUGUAAAUGUUCUGAUGCUCAUAAUAACUAUCAUACUACUGUUUCUUAGAAUCUCAAUUUGUGUUGCUAACAAUCAGUCUUGAUUCUGUUUAUAUAAUUAACUACAUAUUUUGAAGA